CAUGGUGGCGUGCCCUCUGCGCCGUUCCUGAGUUCUUGUUUCGAUUUUGAUAAGCUCGUGUCACCGAAGCGUUGCUCUGAUUGGGCAAGAGGUGAAAAAGGAAGUAACGAGCGUCGAGUUAUUUUCCUGCAUAUAAAGCCAUAGAAAAAGCGAGGUGCGGGACACGAAGGGGCACUUUUUUAUUUUUAAAUUGUUCAGGUGAAAGAAACGCCCUCCUUUGGUUAUGUUAUGGCGAGUGGAAGGCAGAGAUAGAUUAGUUUCACUUUUGCGACGGAUUAAUAUGAAAGGUCACUCUUUCUUCCUGCUCGGCUCGACUCCAGGGGGGGAAAUAAAUACAUAAAUAAGUUUGGACUUACGCCUAAUGAGCCGCGAGCCCGCGGAAAUGGACCACGCGCGAGCGCCAGAAACACAGGACAGCAAGGCUGACAAGAGGCUGACUGGCAGCACUGCUUCUCCUGCCGAGAUUAAAAAGAGGCCAAUCAGAAGAGUGAGAAGUCCAUCUGCACCAAGAGCAUGGCUAUCCAGGUCUUACAAACCAAAGUUUGGAGGGCAUGUCCACAAGCCUCGUUUUCCAGGAGACCACCAUUCAUUUCACAAAGCUGGUUUCAGCAGUCAACACCACCACUACCUGAAGCAUCGGGCUUACGUCCAUUGCAAGGAUAACCCUCCACCUAAAGUUUGGCUGCUCGCAAUGAAGGAAAAGGAGAAGCAGCAGCAGCAGCAGAGGGAGAAAGAGAGGCCGAAGGAGAAAGAGAAGCCGAAGGAGAAAGAGAGGCCGAAGGAGAAAGAGAGAGAAAAGCAGCAUCACGAGCAGAGAGAGAGCACUGAAAGAAGUUCACCUUCAAAACAAAACACUUCUAGGCCUGUCUUACCAAGGUCCACUUCCAGCAGAGACAAGGACAUGCAGAUCACUGUUUUUCAAAACGAACGAAACCAAAGCAGAGAGAGAGAUCAGAGAGAGCGAAGCAGAGAUGGGGAGCUCCCUUUAACUGCGAGCCAGACGGCAGCACGAGACAGAGCCAUCCAACAGAAGAGGAGAGAGAUAGAUGAGGUUUACUACCAGGAGUGUGAAAUGUUCGGCCUUGUAGCAAAGAUGCUAAUUGCAAAGGAUCCAUCCCUGGAGCGUCCCAUCCAAUCGUCGCUGCAGGAGAACCUCCGGGACAUUGGCAAACGCUGUGUGGAUGCCAUGGAGAAAUUUAUUGAAGACUAUGACUCCAGGAAACUUUUGCACUAAUCACACAUCCGGAUUUAUGUGUCGUUUAGUGACAGAGAUUCUCAGUGAGACUUUUUAAAAACAUUUUGUCUGACGGAGUACAUCUUUUUUUAUUUUAUUUUAUUAUUUUUUUAUGUUUCCAGUCUAAUUCUAUUAAAAAAUUAAGAUUUAAUGCUGACCAUUUUAAUGUGAUUGUAAAAUAACUACACUGGUAAUUUUGCUUGAAAUGAAUUAAAACUGGAGA